UUGUCAGUUUUGUUUACAAAUGUGUUUGAAAAUGUUUACUGUACUGUUCAAAUCCCCUGUUUAUCACAUAAUUUUCAAACUUUAGUUAUUAUGUCCAUCGAUAUAUAACAAACAUCGUGUUUGUAUAUCGAUGAUUAUGUCCAAGGAACAAUUUCAAAUGUUUAUCCCUCAAAACUAUUGCAGAUGUUGUGGAAUAGAGAAAUCAUCUGGCAUAGACUUAAAUGUCAUAAACAAUGAUAGAUCAGAUAAAUUAACAAAAGUUUUAUCUUUACUUCCCAAAAAGGUUAUAAAUAUUACAUCAAGCGACAAGCUAACAAAGUUUGUUUGUGUCGACUGUGAGAUGACUCUUCAUCACUUCGGUGACUUUUGUGAAAUGAUCAAGAAAGUUCAGAAAACACUCAAGUCUCGUCUCAAAUCAGCAGAGGUUGAUAAAAACAAUCAGGAGAAGCCACAGAAGAAGACAGACUGUCAUGUAACUGGUGUCUCGUCCACAACAUCUCCUGUAAUCAUCUCCGUCAGCAAGGAAGGUCAGUUGAGAUGCGAGGACUGCCACAGCUCCCUGGCCACUAGUCAACUGAUCACCCUUCAUAUGCUGACUCAUGGACUCGGGUCUGUGCUAUGCUCUUGUAAACACUGUGGUCACCGCGACGAGAUCGGAGCUUUCCUGCAGCACAACAAUGAGGUUAAAUGCCCUCGGUGUCCAUUUGCCACCUUUCAAGAAGACAACGUCGUCGCUGACUCGGAUAAAUCUUCGAAUGGGAGUCUCGUGUGUGAAGUGUGCAGUGCGAGGUUCCGUACCAAAUAUCGUCUUAACCGACACAAACUCAUUCAUGUGGGAGUGAAGCCUUUCUUGUGUGAGACUUGUGGUAUGAAGUUCAACCAGAAGAUAAGUUUGAAACUUCACGUAAUGAAGCACUCCAAAACGGCCCCUCAUACUUGUCAGUGGUGUGGUCAAUCUUUCCGGUUUAAAGUGUCGCUGCAAUCACAUUUUAUAAAUAUACACGGAAACACGUCGCAGUCGGGGACCAAGAUUGAAUGUGACCAAUGCCAGAAACAGUUUGCCACCUCGUACAAGCUGAGGAGACAUUACCGUCUACACACCGGGGAGAGACCUUAUUCCUGUCCGGUCUGCAACAAAGGUUUUUCACAAACCGGGAACUUGAAAAUCCAUUUGAAAAAACAUAAAGAGAACUCCGAUUCUUUCCCGGGGACUUUCAAUGCGGAGUUGUUGGAAAGUGAUCAGAUAUUAGACACUAUUUUGGAUUCUUGCCCACAAGGAAAACAGUUUUUGGAUUUGCCCUCUGAGGGGCAGCCUGGCUACAACUUGGUUGGAGGUGGGAAUGUGGACAAACAUAGUACAGCAGAUCUCUUUUCAGACUUUAACCCUCAAGAUGUCCUUUUCGAUAACACUCCCAUUCUCCCCCCACCCACCUCUAACACACCUAUAAUUCUACCAAAUUUCUCAAGCAUACAAGGUGGUACUUCGGACAUAAAUUUAUAAUAUAUCCAUUUUUUUUACUUUGAAAAUGGCCUUAGUAUCGAAACCUGGCUGAUAUAAUUUUACAUGAUUUUAUGCUAAAAAGGUUAUUCAGUUUAUUAAUGUUCAAUCUUUUAGUAGCCCUAUUACUCUAUUUUUCAAAUUACUAAUCUAGGUUGGUUAUUUAACUUAAUAAUAGCUCUCAACCGAAUUAUAACUAAAUACGAGGGUCGUCCAGAAAGUAAACAACGAAUGCGCAUCACGUGCGGUGCAGAUCCCCCACCACUGAGAUUACGUGCUCGGCCGCUUACCCCUUCCUUUCUCUUCAGUGUGAGGUGAGUCUCGUUGCUGUGCGGUCACGCUACUUGUUUUCGAAGCGUUUUAAAAUGGCGGCGCUAAUAAAAAAUCCCGCCAAAUGUGAAGUAUGGAGUGUAAUCCGCUUUUUUAAUGCUCAAAAAGUUAAACCCAUUGAAAUUUACAGGCAGAUUAAAGCUGUCUAUGGUGAAGAUGUGAUGAAUGAGUUGUCAGUAAGAAAGUGGUGCAUCAUGUUUAACCAAGGAAGGACUAAGGUGCCUGAUGAAGAUCGGAGUGGGAGGCCAUCACUAGUCACGGAUGAACUGAAGCAAAAAGUUGAAGAAAAGAUUUAGGAAAACCGACGUUUUACUUUGAUGACUUUACAUGACUCUUUUCCACAAAUUUCACGAUAACUCCUACAUGAGAUAGUGACAGAUCACCUUGGUUAUAAGAAAAUGUGUGCUCGGUGGGUGCCUAAGAUUUUGACGGACGACCAUAAGGUGAAACGCAUGGGGGCAGCCCUUGAGUUUUUGACUCAAUAUGACAAAGAUGGGGACCAAUUUCUUGAUCAUAAUGUUACAGGAUAUGAAACAUGGGUUUUGUAUAAGAGUCCAGAAAAUAAGCCUCAGUCAAUGGAGUGGCAUCACGCAAAUUCACCCUCAAAUCCCUAAAAGGAAAAACCAUUGUUGCAGACUUGCAAAGUCAUGGCAACGGUUUUUUGGGGCCGGAAGGGAUUAAUCCAUGUAGAUUUCAUGCCACAAGUUGCAACAAUAAACUCAGAAUCCUACUGUGAGGCUCUUCAACGACUUCGACGUGCCAUCCAAAACAAGAGGCGUGGAAUGCCGUCGGCAAAAGUUCUUUUCAUUCACGACAAUGCCCGGCCUCAUGCCUCAGCACAAACGCGGCAAGAACUCCAAUGUCUGAAGUGGGAAAUCUUUAGUUAUCCUCUCUACAGCCCUGACCUAGCACCUAGUGAUUUUCAUCUGUUUCCAAAGUUGAAGGAGUUUUCAGGUGGAAAACAGUUUGGAAAUUACAAUUAACUUAAAGAUGCAGUGAUAACAUGGCUCAAAUCUUUUGCGGCUGACGAGUAUAACAUCGGAAUUGAAAAACUGGUCCCAUGUUACAACAAGUGUCUCGACAACAAUGGCGGUUAAGUAGAAAGGUAGAAUAAGGUACUGUGGCUUUGUAAUAAAGUUUAGUGUUGAUAUCUUUCGUUUUUAUUGAACCAUGCUAAAACGUUCUUUACUUUAUGGACGACCCUCGUAGUAUUUUAAGAUUUAAAACAUGUUCUACACUUAGGCCAAUUCCUUAUGUAUAUAAUAUAUACAAAAAUGAAUGUGGAAUAAGUCGAGCCACAGAAAGUAUUUAGUGGUCUAAAAUUUGGAGUAGAGUUUCUGACAAGUAAAUAUCAGUCAUUUGAGAUCUGUUGACAUGUUUGUAUCAAUAAUGUAUGAAUUUAGUCUUAAUGUUUUCCUUAAGGGUAUGAUUAUUUUACCCAUCCCGCUUUGUACCUUUGUAGCUUUGUGUUAUUUAGUGUAUAUUUGUAUUACAGUAAAAAUCAUAGG